CAAUUCAACUGUACUUGCAAUCUGGAAGUUCCCAAUUGCUUGUUUCCUCGCAGACGGUAGUAUGUUGGAGUGGUUGUCGCAAGACGCACUGGGCAAGGAUAUCCAUGACUCACACGUGGCAGAAAAGAAUUCAGCGUAGUAACGGAGCAGGACCACGCUGAGCUCAACAGGUGCGGGGGUUGUUAAGUGUUUAUUAUAUUGCAAGGUGGGCUCACAUUGAUAUGUGCUUAGUUGCUCCUAGCUUUACAUUAAAUUAAAUGAGUGAAAAGAAAGAAAGACAGCAACUCGAGGCCUUUGUCAUCAUCCCUUCUCUGCCCUUCUUUUCUCUCUCCCCCUCUCUCUAAUCAAUGAUCUAACCUUGCCUCCAUCAGAGCACCAUAUCUUUCAAGCUUUCAGCGAAAAUAAAGUAACAAAGAAAGGCACUGUGAGCUGCUAUGGAGGGCACUAUCUCGCCUAAACUUGAGUCAAAAGCAUCUCAAGCGCCCACACCAGAAAUUCAAGAAUCCAAAAAAAGGAAAAUGGUUCAGAAAACAGUUGUGAGGGUGAAAGUUGGAGAAAAUGUUAGUAAAGUGAAGAAUGAAGGGCUACCAUCGGACUCAUGGUCUUGGAGGAAAUAUGGACAAAAGCCUAUUAAAGGAUCCCCUUAUCCAAGAGGCUAUUACAGGUGCAGCACAUCCAAAGGUUGUUCGGCCAAAAAGCAAGUAGAAAGGUGCAGAACAGAUGCUUCAAUGCUCAUUGUCACCUACACUUCUUCACAUAAUCAUCCAGCUCCAGAAUUACCCCGCAAAGAAUCGAAAACCCAAGCUACUGAAGAUCUCUCACCUGCUACUUCAAAGGCGAAAGACGACCAAGACCACGAGGAAGAGAAGAAAGAUCUUCAACUUGCAACAGCUAGCGAUCAAGGUGCAAAUGAAGAAAAUUUUCAUUACCUGCAAUCGCCGAUAGGCUGUCCUGAAGACAUUAUUAUUGACCGAGAGGAUCUUUUCAAAUUGAACCCAGAGAAAACGCAAGAGAGGAUGGAUCUUCUCUUGGAGGAAGAGCCCCUCGGUUAUUCUCAGCACAAGAACCUCUCGACGCUCAAAUCGGAGGAACUUGACUUCUUCGACGAGCUUGAAGAGCUACCCAUGUCUCCGUCUUUGUUGAAGUUGAUGAGGAACAAUUUUUCCGAUGAAAGGAUUCCGGUUGCCCCGUCAUGAUUCAAGCCUUUGGUUAGUGCUUGCUGUCUAGAAGAAUAUUACCAGAAUGUUCAUAUAUACGCCAUACCCACAUGAGCUAAGUCCUCAAUUACGAGUAUUUAUAUUAAUUUUCUGUUUUGUGUACA